AUGCUGCCCAAGAGAGCAGAUCGGACGAUCCUAGCUGCGCCGUUGGUGGCGGCGGGGCUGGUGGCGCCUCUGCUGUUGAUACUCCUGUCAGUCAAGAUACUCACGAAGAACGCGAUGCUUCUGGGUGGCAUAUGGCGGAGGACACAGCAAUACCUGCAGCAGUGCUACGAAGCCCUCGCCUCCGGCCAGAGCUUACCGAGACCGCCACCGACUGGCCCGUCGCCGAGUGAUAUCCUUCUCACCAUGGAGCAGCAGCUGCGGUCAGGUAUCACUCCGACCCUCCCCACCUCUGCUGAUGACAGGGCGGGGCUUUUGGCGAGCUCUCUUGUGCCAAACGACAGCAGUGGUAGCAGCAGCAACAGCGCCACACUGACUGCCCAUUCCUCCUCCUCCUCCGGCCCGCUCCCUCCAACACCAGCGCCGAUAACUUCAUUAGACAGUUCGUCGUCGAGCGUUUCCUCCUUUGUCGUUCCGAUAACUCCUUCCUUGACGAAGAAGCGCGGGAGAAUUUCAGGAAGGGGUAUUGUGCUUCCCGGAAGCAUCGGCCGGGGCAGGGGAGGGGCGGCGGCCCCCGAGCUAUCCUUCGUUGUGGUGAAAGAGUGGGCGUUUUCGGAAAAGAAGAAGAGAGGCGUCGAGGUUGUCGAGAAGCCGCCAUUUUUCUCGGAGCUGUGGAUGAUGAUGGCCGCGUUCGGCGACCCCCGGGGCAACGUAACCUGUAAGUGCUCCGGGCACGGGGAGAAGGCGUGUCCUUGUAUCGAGGGUGUCGCCGCUAUGGAGAAGCUGGUGAAGGCGGUGGGGAUCCGGAUGGUGCAUGUCUGCCGCGAGUGGUCGGCCCCAAGCCGAAUUAGGGUCAAGCAUAUCUGGAUGGCCAUGCCGGGAGAGAUGCGGGAAUACAUGGCGUGGAAGGAGGCCCACUCUAAGAGGGGAACAAAAAGCGAGGUGGAGAGGGGGGCGGACCUGCGCCUGAGCGACGUGGAUGACGAUGACGAUGAUGAUGACGACGACGAAGACGAUGAUGACGACGAUGAUGGUGAUGUUGCUCACAAAGGUGGCAUGAGAGUAGGGGGCAAUGGCAACGGCGAUGCACCGGCAAGAAACAAGGGGAAGGGCGCGAGUAGUAUAGAACCAACCGGAGAAAUCGCUAGCGGGGGUGCAGGAGCAGCAGCGAUAGCAGCGCCAGUACCCUUGGUAGGAGGGGCGAGUUCAGGAAAGGGCGCUGCUGCGAGUGGGGGCGCCAACGCCGAUGCUGACAAGGCGAUGGCGGGGGUUACGCACAGUGAGGCCACCCCUUGGCAAAAACAGCAAAUCCUGCCAAAGAACAAGCACCGCAAGCAACAGCACGAGGAAGACAAGCGGAGCGAUGGUGAUGGCGGAGGGGAGGCCAGGGAGUGGGCAGCCGAGGAGGAAGAAGUGGCCAGUCGCAUAGAAAAUCGCAAGAGGUUCGCUGACGAAAGGACGGUUGGCAUGGAAGAGGAGGACUACGUCAAGACGUUUUUCGAAUUCAGGAAGGCUUUCUUUCUGAAGGGGCGCUGCCGGACCAAUCCGCACGGAGACAAGAAGAAGCACCCCCCAGGGUCUCGACCUUUCCUGGCGAGCUACCUCGAACUGCAGGAUUCACAGGAGGCGAAAGACAAGAAGCUUCUUGAAGCUCUGGCUUUUAUGAUGUAUGACUACGUUGGCAGGGUGAUUGAGGGGGCGAUACGGAAGAGGACUGGGGGGCGGCUGGUCUGCGAUGACUCGGACGCGAUGCUUUCGGCGGAGGAGAUCACUGCAGCAGGCGCCGCCCUUCCACCCCUCUCCGGCCGCGAGCAACGGGAGAACGUGCGCGCUUUCCGAGCCGCCAACCCCGAAGGCAUCGCAUACAACCGGCCCUUGAGUCGUUUUACCAUCGGGCUCGAGCACAGAGGGGAUCCGCUGCGCUGGCCGCGCAACACGAUAGAGGGGGGCCGCAUGCUCGUGGGGGGCGGGGAGGUUGUGGACACGAACGACAAGAGCCUCGCUGAGGAGGCGACGGCGCUCUUUGAGAGCGAUUUCGCGGACUUUUGA